AUGUGUCACAUUUUUCACUUUUACCCUAACUACAAAGCCUAAUCCCAAAUGCAUCCUCAAGGAAAACAAAGUGCAGAGUUUUUCUGUUUCUGAACUUGAAGUUGGUUCAUUCUGUGUUGUGACAUAAUCCCUAACAUGGCUCUUGAACAUGAACAUCCAUUACUGAAUAAGAUCAUUGUCAGCGCCUUUCCUAAUGAAAACUAGACGUACCAGCACAGGGGUGCUCAAUGUGUCGAUCGCGAUCGGCAGUUUUGGUUAAUCGUGUGACGGCGUGUCAAAAAAAAAAAAAAAAAAAAAGUCAGUCUAUCGUCCAUCUCGUCGCUUGAUUCCGUGUGGCAGAUACGUCGAGGCGCGUUCUACCCAGCUGGCCUCCUAUUUACGGUCUCUCUUUUGGUUUGUCAGUCGCAGCAAUGCGCGCGUGCACCCCCACGAAGAUCGCAAGAGGCUGGCAUAGGUUGAUUUGCAUUGUAGGAAACAAUCAUGUCAACUAAGUGUAGUCUGCUCAUUAGCGUGGCGUAUACAAGGAGUUAGCUCAUCCACUUUUUCCAGGUUUGGUCACACAUUACCUGUGUAGCGAUGAAGACAAAUUUUUGACAUUUGAAGACAUUUUUAAAUGUACACUCCCCGCUUGACUUGGUGGUGGUGCUGAUGUAGAUGAUAAUGACGAUGAUGACGUAAUCCCUAACAGACAAAGCAAAAUAAAUGAGAAGAUUGCGUGAGGGUGAUUGUUGAUGAGGCGGGUUUAAAAUGAGAAUUAGGAUGGGAGCAAACGAGUUGAGUGACGAAGAUCGAAGCGGCUUCCUUUCUCUCUGUGGUGUGGGUGUGCGUGCACGCUCGCGCGUCAGAGCCACUGAAGGAGUCUUCCUCGGCUCACGCACGUCUCGAGCUUUUACGCGCCGGCACUUGCUGCGGUCUACAUGGACGACGACAUCCUGAACAAGCUCGGGGCCGAGGCUACUGGAGCCAAUUCGAGCGAGGAGCCCGGCAGCGGGGAGUGGAGCGCGCACGCGGCGGUGCGCGGCGUCAUGACCACGGCGUACGCGCUGAUCGUGCUGGUGGGCGCGCUGGGCAACGUGACGCUGCUGAAGAUCUUCGUGAGCACCGGCGCCCUGAGGAGCGUGCCCAACAUCUUCAUCAGCAGCCUGGCGGCGGGCGACCUGCUGCUGCUCGUCACCUGCGUGCCGGUCGACGCCUUCCGCUUCUUUUCCGACGACUGGAUGCUCGGCGAGGCCGCGUGCAAGCUGCUGCCCGCAGUGCAGCUCACCUCCGUCGGCGUGUCCGUCUUCACGCUGACGGCGCUCAGCGCCGACAGAUACAAGGCCAUCGUGAAGCCCAUGGACAUCCAGACAUCCAGCGCAGUCUUGCAGACCUGCUUAAAGGCCGCCGCCGUCUGGCUGCUGUCCAUUUUGCUUGCCAUUCCCGAGGCAGUCUUCUCCCAAGUGGUCCACAUGCAGAGGGGCACCGAGAACGUGACCUUCAUCAACUGUGUGCCGUACCCUCUGUCCGAUCAGACUCACCCCAAGGUCCACGCUGUCGUACUCUUCCUGGUCUACUUCCUGGUCCCGCUGACCGUCAUUUCCGUGUACUACUACCACAUUGCGUGUACGCUCAUGCACAGUGCGCAUGACAUGCCGGGCGAGGUCAGCGAGCACACCAAGAGACAGAUGGAGACGAGGAAGCGCUUGGCCAAGAUCGUGCUGGUGUUUGUGGCUUUGUUUGCAGUCUCCUGGCUCCCCAACCACAUCCUAUACCUCUACCGCUCCUUCCGCUACCAGCAGGUGGACCUGUCGCUAGUGCACCUGCUGCUAACGUUGCUAGCUCGCGUCCUCAGCUUCUCAUCGUCCUGCGUCAAUCCGUUUGCGCUCUACCUGCUCAGCAACAGCUUCCGACGACACUUCAACAGUCAGCUGCGAUGCGGCAGCGUGCAUCCUGACCGUCAGGCGAGCUACCAGCACAGUACAUCCCACAUACGUCUGACCUCCAUCAAAAGGGCCACACCCCCCAUCGCCACGGGCAACAGGCAGGAAGUGUGACCGGGAGGAUGAGGUCAUGUGACUGCCGGCUUGGCUCAGAUUGGUUGCGUGCUGAAAUGUUACUUAAUGAACUCGAGUUUCAUGCUUGCGCUGGCGUCAGCCAUCUUUGUUUGGUGAUGUCACUGUGCUGUGUCAACUGUAAUAAAAGUGCACAAACUCUGUCAGUCUGCGCGUGGUGUGUUUAUGUGCACGCUAAAUUAAAUCACUGAGGAACUCUUAAAAAGAUACUGUACUUUUUGCAAUCGUGAAUUUGAAUGCACGGUGAUUUUCAAAUAUGGUUUACUACUUUGAAAAUGGCGUCUCGACUAGAGUGAAGUCAAGAACUUAAUCCACUCUACCAUACACCCAACACGCCCCAUUUGGCCAGGUAGUGCCUCUGAGCACUAAAGGCCCAAGACCAGCUCCACUGCACUCGGGUCGCCUGGGGGGCCCGACAGGGGUGCGGAGACGGGACCGCCAGACACCCGCCGCAGUCCCCGCCCACCCAGGCUAACCACAUCCUUGUGCUCCCCGGGGACCCGAGAGCCACGAGCACGGCACGAGCCGGGACUCGGACCGGGCGCGGGGGAC